AUGGACAACCCGCGACGCUCGGCCGCGCCCCUCGGCGCAGCAGACCCCCUAUCCGGUGGUGGUGGCCAUCAGCCGGCGGCGGCGGUCAACGGUGCGGCUGCGAAGAAGCGCGACCCGCUCAAGCGCAAGGGGCCAUCGGUACUCUCCACCGAGCAGCUGCUGGGCAUCAUGAACGCCUUCACCCGCCUCGGCGGCAAACAGAUCAACGUCACAGCGCACCCGGAGAUCAACGCCAUCCUGCGUGGCAUCGACAAGCGCAACACGCGCGUGGUGCUCAACUCGAACGUGUUGCUCGCGCAGCGAUUGUUGAAGGAGCCCAAGAUCGACAAUGUCGACGCCAUCUACGCGAGCCUGCACACCACCUCGCCGCAGGACUUUCGCGAGAAGCUGGGCACCGCCGCCUCGGCCGCCCGUUCGGUCAUGGACAACAUGGUCCUUCUCAAGCGGCACGGCUACCGCGUCCAGAUCAACUACUCGCUGGGCGACUACAACAAGGCCGAGUUCGCGCGGGUGCUCGACUUUGCGGUGGCGCAGGGCAUUGACCUGAAGGCCAUCGCCCUGAUCCGGCCCAACGAUGACCCGCAGUUCUACGGCGGCGAGUGGAUCAACCCGCAGUGGGUCGAGCGGGUGGUCGACGAGCAGCACGGCCUGCGGCGCGUGGCCCAGCGCGAGGGCUUCGGCGGGCGCACCACCACCUGGCAGCAGCAGCAGCAGGGCGGGCAGGGCGCGAUGACGGUCGAGAUCAAGAACGUGGCCACGGGGCGGCUCAUCACCGACUACUGCAAGGGCUGUCGCUACGUCAAGCAGUGCGGGGAGGGCAUCUAUGCGCUGAGGAGCGGGGUGGACGGGCUGUGGAAGCCGUGCCUGCUCAACCAGGACAAGUUCGCGCGGAUCGAGGGCGAGGAGCAGCGAAGUUAUCGCGACCAGAUCCUGCACCACAUUCACUCCAUGGUCGGUGACUGGUCCAAGGCCCAGUUCUCCACGGGCGCUCCGAUGUAA